UACUUAAUAAACGAAUGAUGUAAAUUUAAGGAAGCUCAGUAGCAGCCAGCAACUAGCGGUCAGCAGCGCAGCUUCUUCCUUGAGUAGGUAGCAACGACGAUAAAAAAUGGAUUUUUUGUGGAGGAAAGUGUGACCUUCGUUGUUAGCUUUCCAGAUAUUACAAGUAUAACAUUAAAUUUGAAGAAUAUAUUUAGAAAGUACAUACAUGAAAUAGUGAUUAGUUCUUGCUUCACUAUCACGAUUAAUAUACGUGAAAGAAAAGCAGUGAUAAACAUCGUAAAGAAGCAGAUAUGUGAAAGAUAUGUAUGUGAACAAUGCUGUGCAGCAUAAGAAUGUGAAUGUGAAAAGGGAACAAAGAAAGAACGUGUGCAAUUAACGUAUGUGUGUUGUAUAUCAAAGAAAGAAACACGCGAAGACACAACGAGUCGGUGGGAAGUGGACUUCAAAAACCCUACUGCGCUGCUCUCAAAUCGAACAUUGUGCAAAGCUCUUUUUGGGGCUUAUUAGCGCAUGGGGAUAAUACAGAGUUGCAUUUGUGUUUGGUGGAUUCUCGGCAUUUGACAUUGUAAUAAAAUGCCAAAAAGUCUAAUAGAAUAUAUUUUAUCUGAAUACAUCAUGUAAAUAUUCGUUUUAAAAUAUUUGCUUCAAUUGUAAUCAAAAGAUGGCGAAUAAUGGAUUUGCUACUGAAUUUUCAGUUGGCUCUUUUAGCAAUCGUUCUAACGAUAUACUCCACUAAAAUGGAGGAUUAGGACAGCUAAGAGACAAUUACACGUAGGAUUCACAAAACCAACUACACUCUCAAGGUUUAAUAGCCUACGGGAUAUUAAACCGAUAUUUUUAUAAUUAAAGAAAGAAGUAAAACGCCUUUAUGAACAAAGUUGGAAUAGGCACGCUACAAAACAGAUCGAAAAUACCUUAACACUUAUUAUAUCCCAUCGUUUUGAAGUAAAUAUAGAAAGUAACGAAGAAACAAAUAUUUAUGUUCAAGCUAGAGGACCAACAACAUAUAUUCAUAAAUGCACCAACAACAUAUUUCCAAGCGAACGAGCAUAAUCCGAAGCUGCAGCAACAACAAAGUCUUAAAUACAUCUCGAGAAUAGGAAAAUAUUGCAAAUUACUAAAAAAUCAGAAGUUAAUUUGCAAAAAAGUAUCGCCAACGAAAGUGACGGUAACGGAGAAUAUAAGAGAGUCCGAAAGGAUUUGUGGUGCCGCACCAAGUGGCAUCAAUAUUGAUAAGUUUAAACAUAAAAUGGCAAAUACGCUUUCCGUCAUGACGAACGUUUUACGGAAUGUUGUCAGCAAGCAGCGCAUACGCUACAAAGAAAAUGGUUAUAAUUUAGACUUGGCUUAUAUAUGUGACAAUAUAAUAGCAAUGGGUUAUCCGGCUGAUAAUAUAGAGAGUAUAUUUCGAAAUCGUUUAGAAGAUGUUUACAAAUUUCUUCAGGAAAUACAUCAGAAUCAUUAUAAGAUCUACAAUCUCUGCCUUGAGCGUAGCUAUGAUAGCAACAAAUUUCAUGGAAGAGUUGCUGUCUAUCCUUUUGAAGACCAUAACCCACCAACGAUAGAGUUAAUACAAAGAUUUUGUUUGGAUGUAGAUACUUGGCUGAAAGCAGACAUUCAAAAUGUAGCUGCUGUUCAUUGUAAAGCUGGCAAAGGCAGAACGGGUACAAUGAUUUGCUGUUAUCUGCUGUACAGUGGACAGCAACACACGGCCGCAGAUGCUUUAGAAUGUUACGCUGAGAAACGCACAAAGGAUCGCAAAGGUGUAACGAUUCCAUCGCAAAGGCGGUACGUACAGUAUUUCGCAAAAUUAAUUAGUUCGGGGGUACCAUAUGAAAAGCGUUAUCUGCAGUUUUGUGAAAUUCGUUUUACUGAGGCUAAUUUGUUACAUAGUAAUGGCACUGUGCAUUGCUCAAUUUCUAGGCUGGAAGACAACGGGUGUUCGGUUAAAGUAGUGCCACUAUUAAGUUUGCCAAUAGAUUUUCGGAAGAGCUAUACACUGGAUCUUAAAAAUCAGUCUUUGUGUGUUUAUGGUGACAUAAAAGUUGAAUUAACACAUAAAAAGAAAUUAUUUCACUUCUGGUUUAAUACAUAUUUUGUCCGUGAUGAUGCUGUCAUUGAAGAUGAAGGUAAAGAUUCCAAACUUGUGUAUACUCUUCACAAAUGUGAGAUCGAUGAUGCACAUAAGGACAAAGAACACAAAUGCUUUUCAGAAGGUUUUAAGGUUCAACUUGUAUUCUAUGCAGAAACCACAAUACGACCUGAUCUACAAGCUAAUGUUAGCAGCAUAGCCAGCCAGAUUGGCAAUAAUCAAAGAUUGUCUCAAAAUGCGCGUAUCUCACAUCAGAACAGCUGUGGAGGCGGCGGCGGCGGCGGCGGAGAUAGCAGCAGUAGUAGCAAUUGUCAGUUGCCACAAAAUAGUAGCAGUGGUAGUGAUCUAAAUUACAUUUGUGAUCAAAAGUCCUCCUCAUCAGCUUCGGCGUCCGUUAGCAGUUUGGGUGGCCACUUAAUUGGUGAUGGUGGUGGUGGUGGCGGUAGUGGUAGUGGCAGUGGCAGUGUCGGCGUUAGUGGAAACAUUGGCGAGCCAAAUUAUUGUAAUGCUGUACCAACUGAUUUUUCCCAUGUUGAUGUCAGUCGUUCAUAUGUGCAACAUCUUGAGUCACAACAACAACAAAAACCACGAAUUUCGCUUAAACAAAAACAUAUUGCCGCAAAUAGCAUAACCGGCGAUGUUGAUGGUUACACAUGCGAAGAAAAUUUGACGCCAUUUGGUAGAUCUGCACAUACGUUGAAUCUUCAACAACACCAACAUCAACAUCAGCAAUUGCAACAUGCGGAUCGCCCUUCCGCUUGCUGUGGGCAACGAAUCUUCAUGCCAGCGAAAAACAAGAGCAGUGACUGUGAUGGUUGCGACUGCUAUACAGGUAAUAUGCCUUAUGAAGGUAUAACUGAUUCACCUACAACGGCAUGUGCGCCACUUCCACUUCUUCAACAACAGCAGCAACAAAAAAACGAUGAAGGAAUGCCGGUUAGCUAUAAGCAAUUUUUGGCGGCGAUUAAUAUAAGCGGCGACUGUGAUGCUUACGAUUGUGAUUCAGAUAUAUCGCCUAUGAAGCGAAUAAAUAGCACUGCACCACCUGCAAAUGCACCACUCCCACAGCAACAACCACAAAAUCCUUAUGUAAACUUACAACAGAUGAUAGUGACAGCAGACAAACAACAACAAAUAAUGAAAUCUUUAAUGAGACCAAAAUCUCAAAAUCAUACAACAACCGUGGAAAGAGUUAGUAACAAUAUCAAUAACGGUAAUAGUAAUAGGCAAUUAGUUGAUGGAAAUGGUACGGUAAUACUGCAGAGCAAUGGCGCGGUUGGUGAGGGCUCCGAAACGAAUGGUUGCAUCAGUGCAAAUAGCAGUAAAAGCAGCAUAAGUAGUCAUACAUCGUCGACUGCAUCAACAACAUCGUGCUCAUCGUCUGCGCCGACGUCCGGUGGUGAUAAAGAUUGCGAGGAAGAAGACUGGGAGUCUGGUGAGUGCCACCCAAAAAUGCUACACACAAAUCUACCCAAAGCAUUACAAUUACCCACACUAUUAGCAUCUUCCAAGCCAUCUACGGCUAACAGUACUAUAACUUUCAGUAAUAAUAUCACCUCUACCUAUCCCAAUAAUACUACCACAGUACACUCAUAUACACCUUCCACUACUACUACAUACUCCAAACAGAUUUCCAAUUCUACUUCUAUUCUUCCUCAACAAUCUUCUACAUUUUCUAUGAAUAAAAACAUUUAUAGUGGUAGUUAUAAUUGUAGUUAUUGUGGUUGUGAUGAUGAUGAAAACAAAAACAAUCCAAAUUUAAAAUAUAAAUGUUCACAUUUUCACGAUAAGGGAAAAAUGCAAAAAAUCAAUUUUAACACCAACGAACGACGAUCGAGUUGCACUACAGUGUCUAAAUUGAAUGGAGCAGCAAAAAAUGUCUUUAUAUCAAAAGAAGUUGUAAAUAAGUGUGGUACUGAGGUUAAUACAGGGGGUAAGAUUGUAACGGGUAUUAUUGAGCUUACUUCUAAAUCACCGCUAAAUAGUGGUGAUAGUGCUGUUCGUACAACAACUUCGUCGUUAUUGGUGUCUCCGCUGAAGAAAAGUGAUGCCACUAACAGCAAUAGCUGCAAGCAAAAUCAUGCGAGCAACGUCGGGAACGUGGUGAGUUCGUGGGCACACAAACCGCUCUUUCAACAUAAAUUCAACACUAAGAAGCUACGUGAAUACAACGACAUGAGCUGCUCAACAGCCAUCGCCGUCAAAAAAUCGAAUUGCACUGUCGCAUCAUCCACCGCGGAUGCUGCUUUGCUGGCGCUAAGUGUUUCGCCAGCGAGUGGUUGUAGCGGUUUGGCAAGCACUUCACGGCGCAAACUAAAAAAUAAGUUAAAAAAUAAUACGAAAAAACUAUCUCAUUGGCUACAGAAUCAUUUUCGCACAAAUCCUGUGGAGUUUUGUGAGAAUUUUGCACAACACACGACUACUAUGAGACGCAAUAGUAACUGUAGUGUGGGUAGUCGUAGCCACAAAUUGUCUAUGUCAUCCAAUACGGUUACGGUAACACCGGGCUCUUCGUUGCCCAAACGACAGUUAUUAAUGUCAGCCUCGAAAGAUAAAGAUAAUGAAGUGGUAAAUGUAGAAACGUAUGAUAUUUAUGGCGAAGUGGAAAACGUGCUUAAAGAAGAAGUUUUGCUGAUUAGUGAUCAUGGUGGUGAUGAAAAUAGAGAUGGCAAUGUAAGAACGAAAGUUUCAUUAUCCGAAUCGACUACAGCAUCAAAUGUCAGUUUGUCGACUGUGGGUGGCGGUAGCACAGGGCGUGGUGGUCAUGAUGAUAGUAGUGAUGCCUUUGAAGAUUUUUAUUCGUCAAAUUGUGAUAAUCAGCUAAGCUUUAACAACUCGCCAUGUAAAAGUCCACGUUCGCUUGUCGAUAUAGCAGGUUCCAGCGCAUAUGGUGGUGGAACGCACGAACUCUACGCAACCAGUUUGAAUGAGAAAAAUGUACAUUUGCAAUUGUUGAGGCGAGAACAGCUACAUAUGCCGAAAAAUGUGAAUGUACAACCGUUGGGACAGCACCACCACCACCACAAUAUGCAUCAGCAUCAACAGCGCAAUGUCGUUGUAAUUGCAGCAAAACCUGCUAAAACGCACGCAAUCGGUUUUAACGUUACCGAAGAUAAAGCCAGUGCCAAUGUAAGCAAUAAUGAGAUAAGCACCACACAAAUUUCACCAAAUACAAGUGCAGCUGAAACUUAUGAAAAUCCAAUGAAUACGCAUGAUAUUACAAUUGGCGCAAAUGUCACCAUAGUAACCACAGAAAUGGAACAAGUUGUCGAAGAACAGGCUACUGACCAGCAGCAGCUUCAUAAUAUCAGUGGUUAUCGGGCCAGUAUUAAUGGCAGUGAAUUAUUUGUUACGAAAAUCGAUGAAGUUGAUGAGAAUGAUGUCGAAGAUGAUGGUGCUACAACGGCAUCGAGCGUAUAUUACACACCAACAACGUCGGCUUGUUUUGUUGAUGGCACUGAAAGCGAUAACGUUGAAACAAAUCAAGUAAAUCAUCCAUUCGUUUUUCCAAAUGUACGCAAUGAGCUUGAAAAAAUUUUACCAAGCGAUUAUGACAAUCAAACUGCUACAGAACUACGCCGUAGAUGCGUCGAAAGUGCGUCUGGAAGUGAAUUUCAUUGCCAGGGCAAUGUUGUUGUGACCAACAAAAUUAACCAUCAAGUUGUAGAUCAGUUGAAAUGUAAUUGCGGUAAUAAGUUAUUAGAGUCUGUGGAAAAACAACAAUCGAUUGCACACUCAGUUAGUGUUGUAACAACAAUAACACAAACAGAAAGUGCUGCUCAUAUUGACGAUGAGAAUGCCAAACAGUGAUAUAGGCGUUCAUUGUGGUUGUUUUGUGGACGCUCGUAGUUUUUCAUUACAUCAUUUUGUGGUGAACAUUUAAAGCAGUUGGCAGUUAGAGUGCAGCAAAGUUGAAAUUGGUUUGUUGCUGUGAUAAUAGACUAUUAUUCAAGUUGCUCAUAUAGUUAAAGGCAGAUUAUUUGCUAUUUAUAAUUAUUAAUAAAAUUUCUUUUUCACGCCUGUAAAGCAAUCAAAAAACACGAAAACAUCUUCGAAUUGCUCUAUUUUCAAAUUAAUUUGUCACUUUGUAUGGUUUUUUCCAAAUUUUUUUUCCUACUCAUCACAGCGACAAACUUAUUACAUAUUUACUGUUUGUGAAUGUUAUUACAUUUAAACAACGUUGUUACCCACAUGCACUCCUUCUACAAUUGCAAGAAGCAUAUUGCUGGUUAGACGCCUAAUCGAAGCAUUCAUUCUUCCACUGUUGUACGCCGCCAGAAUUUGUCUUUAUUCUUACAUAAAUGUAUAUAUAUAUAAUAUAUGUAUAUACAUACUACAAAUAUGUAUAUCAAGAUCUCAUACGAAUUCUCGUAUAAAUAACAAAUAUUUUACAGAACGGAUUAUAUAAAAAAUUUUUUGUUCAAGAUUUUUUUUUUUUUUUUUUAAUAAAAGUAAAACAUAUAAUUAGUAAAGUAGCUACAUACAUACAUAUAUAAAUACAAAGUAAAUGUAUGCAGUUGUUUGUUAUAUGUAGGUUGCCACAUGAAAUGGCAGCAAAGUAUUUAUAUAAUCAGCACUACUAGUACUAAGAACGUAUCCAACAACACUAUGAAUACCCGUUAUAUAUCCUUAAAAUAUGAAUAGAAAGCAAAAGAUAAGCGCAAUACAAAUUUCCAAAUCUUAAAAAUAAAAUAUACAAUAAUUGAUAAAUAAAAAUUUAAAAAAAUAUGAAAAACAACCGCUUCACUUAACAAAUAUACAAAAUUUAAUGACAAAAAA